CGCUCGUCAUCAUUCCAUUCCUCCAUUCCAUUCCAUUCCCAACUGCUCGACGCCGCUGUCGCCGCGCUCCACGUCCUCCCCGGCCGACUUUUCCCAUUUUCUCCUGUCAAACCCUCACUGACGUAAAUCUACGAUGGUGCACCACGUGAAGGACCAGGGAGAUUUGGAGGCGAAGUUGACUGAGGCGGGUAGUAGCCUGGUUGUAAUUGAUUUCUUUGCCACAUGGUGUGGUCCGUGCAAGAUCAUCGCUCCCAAACUUGUGGAACUCAGUGCUGAAUAUCCUGAUGUUGUAUUUCUGAAAGUGGACGUUGACGAAAAUGAGGAUAUUGCCACAGAUUACAACAUCUCUGCCAUGCCCACUUUUGUCUUCAUUAAGAACAAGCAGAAGGUUGAGUCUUUCUCAGGAGCCAGCUACGACUUACUGAAGGAGAAGGUUCUUAAUCUUAAGUAAAUAAAUUACCACAUUGCACCUCAAGUGCAAUUUUUUUUUUCCACAACCGUAUGCAUUGUUUAUACAUUUUUUUAUUCACUUUGCUACUUUCUAUUACUGCUGCAUAAUGUUUCACGUGUGUUGUGUGCUGGCCACAUGUAAGAUUAGGCCUGUAUAUUUCUGUUAAAGUAUAUUUGAUUCAAGAAGUAUUUUUAAAAAUUAUUGCGGAAUAGUACAGCCUGGAUACACUAUGGGACCUGCUAGAUUGCUGUUUGUUUUAAACAUGAAAUAAACUUCACCAUCACUAUUUUAA